CUCUUAAAGAAGUUAGAUUUAGAAGUGAGAGUGAUAUAAAGCAUGAGUUAGAGUUUAUUGAAGAUCCUGACUACAUCCCCUCUCCUACUCCGUGUAGUGAAAGUUACAAAAUGGAAGAUAUGUCAUCAAAAGAGACAUUGAGUGUUGGGGGAAGUGAGGAAGUUAGGGCCAUGGAGCAUGAGGAAAUGGGUCUAGAAACUGAAUCAUUUGGGUCAGAGAGGACGGAGGAAGAAAUGGGUAAGGAGGAAAUGGGUGACGAAGGGAUUCCUUUGAAUAUUUUAAAAGUUGAGGGGAGACAAAAUAAGUGUUAUGAGGAUUCAACAAAUAUUGUUUCUAGAGUGAAGGAAUAUGAGGCGGAGUGGAAUAGUAGAGAUAGUUUGGUACACUUGGUUGAAACAUACAAUAUUCCACCUCGGGUUUUGGUUAGACCUGUCGGAGCUAGAGAAAAGGCAUGGAAAAGAAGGGUAGAGGAGCAGGAGGAGGAAAAGAGAGAUGAGGUGGUGGAGUUCGUUCCUCGUCCACCUCUGGUUGAGCUCGAUCUAGAACUCAAUAAGAGCAAAUCAAUUGCAACGAGGUUCAUAUAUGCCAUUUUCCCCAAAGUGGAUCAGCAUCAGGCCAAGGACGAGAUGUUGACUCAUGGUGGAGUUGGUGUUGUUCACCAUGUUCUUGAGGCUACUAACCUAGUUAAUGCUCUAUCGAAUGAGUUUUUUGAGAGCCUCAAGGGCCGCAACAACCUUAAGAAGGAAAAUGAAGAGCUCAAAAGAAGGAAGAAAGAAAGGGACAAGGAUGUGGAGGAGUUGACCUUGGAGGUCGAACGACUCCAAGAAGAAAAUGAUAAUUUGAAGAAGGUGAAGAAGGCUGCUACCGAGUUGGAAAAGAGUGUAAAUUUGCGGGUUCUCAAUGUGAUGGAGAACCACAUCGCUAAAUUCCUUAAGUCCAGCAUGUUUGACAACAUUGUGAAUCUCUACCAACUUCCCACAACGAUUCUGGCCUUCACGGCUUAUAGAAAGAAGGUGAAAGCGCAACAUCCUGAACUGGAUGUGAUUGGUAUCACCUUUGGAGAGCAAGAAGGAGGAGUGGAGGAAAAUGGUGAGAGCAUGACAGUUGACUUCCAUCCUGAAGUCAAGUUGAAGUGGGAUCAUGAUAAUGAGGGUCGUACUAUUUUCCCUUUUAACUUCAACUUCAAGUUCAUUGCAGUUGAAGAGAAAGAGCCAGAGAUUGGAGGCAUAGAGGUUGGGGAAAAUCAAUCGGAACAAAAGGUGAACUAGUAACCUUCACCAACAGAGUAGUCGACUUACUUUAAUAAUUUCUUUAUUUUGAUUUGACAUUAAACAGUUUAUUUGAGAUAUUACUGUAAUUUUUAUACAUUUAGUUCAUUAAUACAUUUGUAAUUUGUUUUGUUCAUCUGUUUCAUUUCAUAUUUUUUUAAAACAAGGAAUGAAAUAAAUUUUGGAAUCACCU